UCCGUGUAGCCAGGCAGCCCGCGGUUUGGCGCCAAAGCUGCGUCAUGGCGUCCGGAGUGAAGAGCAAAGUGUCGGCUGCCUUUAAAAUGCACGGCCUAAUCCUGAGAUCUAAUGCUGCCAAAUUUCUUGUGGAUAUCCUGGAGUCGGUCAAUGAGUCGGAGCUUGAAGAUGCAAUUGAGCGUAUCAUUGAUGCAGUUGAAAAACAGCCGUUGAGCUGCAACAUGAUUGAGCAAUCGAUGGUGGAAUCAGCAGUCCAGGAGUGCAGCGACACAUAUGAUGAAACCAUAGAACAUGUUUUCAAUAUAAUUGGUGCAUUUGACGUCCCUCGUUACAUCUACAAUUCAGAAAGGAAGAAGUUUUUACCUAUUUCAAUGACAGAUCAUAGUGAACCGUGUCUAUUUGGAACUGCUCGGAACAAAGCUGAACUUUUUUGUGAGCGCUAUACCAUUAUGCAGCAGCGAACACACAGGCACGAAUUAUUUACACCUCCUGUGACAGGAUCGCACCCUGAUGAAAGCGGGAAUAAAUUUCAAUUAAAAACCAUAGAAUCACUCCUUGGCAAUGUCUCAAAGGUCGGAGAAGUCAUUGUUCUGGGAAUGAUAACGCAGCUUAAAGAGGGGAAAUUCUUUCUUGAAGAUCCGACUGGAACAGUCCAGCUUGAACUUAGCAAAGCCCAGUUUCAUAGCGGUUUAUAUACAGAAUCCUGCUUUGUUCUUGCAGAAGGAUGGUAUGAAGAUGGAGUUUUUCAUGUAAAUGGAUUUGGCUUUCCACCGACCGAACCUUCCAGUGUUACAAGAGCUUAUUAUGGCAACGUAAACUUUUUUGGAGGUCCUUCUCCUACAUCGGUGAAGUCUUCUGCAAAGUUAAAGCAACUGGAGGAAGAAAAUGAAGAUGCCAUGUUUAUUUUUAUUUCCGACGUGUGGCUGGAUCAGGUGGAAGUUCUGGAAAAACUUCACAUGAUGUUUUCAGGUUAUUCAUCCAUGCCACCAACUUGUUUCGUCCUCUGUGGCAAUUUUUCCUCUGCUCCUUAUGGAAAAUGUCAGAUCAAGACUCUAACAGAAUCAUUGAAAGCACUCGCAGAUAUUAUCUGUGAAUACCCCAAUAUUCAUAAAAACAGCCGCUUUGUGUUUGUCCCUGGCCCUGAAGACCCGGGUCCCAGUUCGAUUUUACCCAGACCUCCGCUAGCUGAUUAUAUUACAGAAGAGUUUAGUAAGAGAGUUCCACAUUCUGUUUUUACUACGAAUCCCUGCAGAAUUCAGUACUGCACACAGGAGAUUAUCAUUUUUCGCGAGGAUCUGGUUAACAAGAUGUGUAGAAAUUGCAUCCGAUUUCCUAACAGUAAUUUGGAUAUUCCAAACCAUUUUCUGAAGACCAUCGUUGCACAGGGCCACCUAACGCCAUUGCCGCUCUAUGUUAGUCCAGUCUACUGGGCCUAUGAUUAUUCUCUGCGUGUAUACCCGGUACCAGACCUGCUGGUAUUUGCUGACAAAUAUGAUCCAUUCAACAUCGUCCACACAGACUGCACCUGCAUCAAUCCUGGUUCGUUUCCACGUAGUAGUUUCUGCUUCAAGGUGUACUAUCCCUCAAGUAAAACUGUGGAGGACAGCAAACUUCAAAAUCUUUCAGUGUGAAUUUUAGGAGAUUGGAAAAGUAUGGACACCAUAAAACCGUUUGCACAUCAACAGCUGAAGAAACAAUUUCUAGUUUAUAAUUCCAUGUUUAUUUGUAUAUAUUUAUAUUGAUGCAUUUUUAAUAAAUUAACAGAAUAUGAGCCUAGA